CCGACCACUGACAAGGCAAAAAUGGAAACCGAGUGCCGAUUGAAUGAGAGGGCUUCAACCGGCAUUUCAGCCCGCGCUACCAUGCAUUUCCAAUGAAUGGCUGAUCUUCGUCCCAACCCGCGGCCUUGACAUCUGGAAGCCGGGGCUUAUCGCUGUGAAGUAGUGGACGGCGCCCAAGUCUCUCCUCGUCAGCACAUUACUCUGGAGUCCCACGAGCUUUAUUUCAUCAGAGUGCCGCUUCCUUGAUGGCCAAUCCACCUCCAGAACCAACACUCACGCAACAAGCCAACGUCCCAGCAGAGGAUGAUAGGGAUGUUUUCCUGGCCUGCCUCAAGGAAUUUAAGGAGCUCGGUCAGAAGCUGGAUCGCAUCAUCACUUCAGCUGAACGUCAAAAGCCCGAUCGCAUGAUCCUCGCCUCAGCUGAACCAGUGAGCGAUAUUGCUCAUACAUCGCAUUCUGGCCCAAGAAAUGAGGAUAUCCAGGAUAUCCAGGAUAUCCAGUUUAAAGCAUUUCAGCGCGAGAUGGCGAGACUCAGCAGUGCCGUGACACGCAUCGCCGACACUAUCAAAGAUCUCAAAUCCGCGUAUCAUCUGAUUCGGAUAUCGGAAGAAUUUCGCUCUCGCUUGGCGUUGGUUUUCCGUAUUCUGCCCCUUAUUGCUUCCCCAUCAUCAAGUGCCAAACUGAAGAAACAGUGGCUCGAUCGGCCAUCGUCCUCCUUACCCAUGCAGUAUUGGACGCCAGCACAAGUUAUCCGCGAGAAUAUUUAUCUUGAUGAGACUAUGACUGGUACUCCCGAUCGAGAAACUCUCUCCAUGGGACUUCAGAAGCUUGGCCAAGGAGUUGAUGUCUUUAAUGCUGCUCUGAAAGGCCUUCCUGGGUUUCAUGAUAUUCCAGGCUACAACGCAAAGGAGAUCAACCUCUCAUUGCGAAAUUUCGCUCAAGACCUGAAAUAUUGGGGCCGUAAUUUGGACAACUUCCAUGGGCAAACACUUUCGCACCACCUCAGGGCGCACGUUGCUACCAUUCAGGCGAAAAUAGCAGAUCAUCUAGCUGGAAUCACAGGCGCUCUCGAGAUAUUCAUUCACUUGGGUUUGCCGAUUGUAUUACGUUCCGAACGGGAUUCAACAUUUCAAAAUUUGUCGACAGUCGCAGCCCUCUUUGCGAGCGUAUCCGCAACGACGAUUCAAUUCAGCUAUACUCAAGCGGGUACGAGGGUCGAACAAGCAGUCAACGUCCUCUGGAUCGUCUCGCUUGUUUUUGCCAUCGCGAGUGCCACCAAUAGUCAACUUAGUUAUCAAUGGACCUCAGUUGUAUUCUCGACUCCGAUGUCGGCUCUCUCAUGGUGGGGAUCCCUGUGGAUUCGCCGGAUGCCUCUCAUCUUUCUUGUUCUAUCCGUAAUAUCGUUCUCCGUGGGCAUUGUGUGCUUCACAUUCUCUAAUUUCGGGAAUCACCCGAUCAUCCCAGUCUGUGUCACGGCUGCUUCAGCAGUCUCGGCAGUAGCACUGUUCUACGUUGGACUCCGGUUCAUUGCAGAGUAUUUUGCGUUUAGGAGCAGAAAAAAGACAGGGGAUGAACUUGAUUAUUUGUCCGGAUCAGCAGGGGAUUUGGCGAGCGAUUGGGUUCUGAAAGCUCUUCGAAGGGCCUAUCAGUCAGCUGCACUAUGGUGCUCUAAAUAUCAAGAGUGGUUCCUCCUGAUAAUCGGCAUUACUGUCUUUCCUAUAACUUUCUUCAUCAUUUUCUGUCUCUUCCUUUGCGAAAAGUAUGGCAUAGAGACCGACGAAAUAUGGGAACAUAUUUGCGAUUGGUUUCGGCGGAUCAAGAAUCUCGCACAAAAUUGGCGCCAACAACGCUUAACCAGACGCAGGUCCAUUCUCCCUACGACGUCCGAUACCCCAAUUUGGCGCAGUGCGAUGGAGACGCGACUCCGAGAUAAUGACCAACCGCCGUCCAAUGUUGGAGGCAAUGAUGCUGAGGCCCAUGCGGUCGCUCAGCUCAAUCUGAAUAUCAAGACGAUCCACCGAAGCCUGGAACUAGGCGAUGGUCCCUCGACCCCCAUCCAGAAAUUUCGUAGUGCAGUCAUCAAAGUAAUCAUGGAAAACCGUUGUGCUAGGGCAGAACUCAAAAAGAAGCACAAAAAGGAGGAGAUGGACUCAAUGAAACUAGCACUGGGGUUUUUAUCACCCGUUCAGUCAUCACGGGAGCAUACGACGAUGAUCCAUGACAUCAAUUUCCGUUACGAUGGCCGUUACCUUGCUACUUUUUCAGCCCACGAAAAAAAAGUAUUCAUCUGGGAAACGAACCAAAUGGAAGUGAAGGUCAUUGAGCGGGUGGAUUUGCGGCGUAGAUCUGAUCUCCCAUCUGGAGAUCACAUGGAAGCAAUUCAAGUAAUGUUAUUGAGAGAGAAUCGAGUGGUGAUAAUUAAAGGAUCGUGGCUUAAGCGAUUGUGGCUUCUGCGGCGGCUUCUGCGGCUCCUGGCGCUUCUGAGGCUUCUGAGGCUUCAGCGGUUUCAGCCGAUUCUGGAGCUUAGUCUGUUUAAUUUGUUUCAUCGGCUCCUGCGGCAUGCGGGGUUGAGGCUUCAGUUGAUUCUGGGUCCUCGGAGGCUUCAGGGGCUUCAUCGGGUUGGUGCUAUAAAGUGCAUCAACUGGGUUCCUGAGGUCGGGAGGAACGAGGCCGGUAGGAACGAGGGCACACGUCUCCCUUUUGCAGGGGACCUUGACUACGCACUCGAGGAUGCUGUCCUCACCCGGGACGGAACCAAAUUAUUGGGAAUAGCUACAGUACUGAGUGCAAUGGCGGACAAAGAUUAUCCAAAGCCAUCAAAGUCCCCUUCGGAAUGUCGAAUCAUUAUCUAUGAUGUCGAGACAAAGAAGACUGUUUUCGAAAUUCCCACCUUCGAUUCCAUACGGAGGAUGAGCUUAUCUUACUCAAGCAAGCGUUUGCUUGUUAUGUCUGAUGGCAGUACGCCACCGCGCCUGUUCCUAGUUUACCCUACCUGGCUCGUCCCAUUGCACACAUUUGACCUUCCAGACGAGACGGAAUACCCUAUUUAUGGCCAGUUUGGAAUUCGGAGCCCUGCCCCCGUGGCAGAUGAGUCCGAGGAAGAUCAAAUCAUCAUUUGCGCUAACAAACGAGGGAAAGUCUUCAUAUGGCACCGCGAAUCGUAUCGCCUUCUGCACUCGUUCACAAUUUCGAUUCCUGGAAACGCUGAAGUCAGUGGGGUGACUUUUGGCUGCGAGCGCAUGCCAGCCCACAGCUAUCUCAGGGUAGCAGCUGCAUGCACCGACGGAACCGUCAUCAUGUGGAGCACGAAAUGGGAUCACCCCGAUUAUCCUGUCCUCACCGACGUAUUUUCGGGAGCAAGCGAAGAAGCCACUGGAGGAACCAUUGAAGAAGUUGCUGAAGGGGCUGGUGCAAGCGUCGCCGAAACAACUGUUAGAGAAGUUUAAGUCGUUGGCAAGUCCCUCCCCUUCGUUGGGUCAAGAUCUAUCUAAAGAAGCACACCAUUUCUUUCCUUGGCCACUUUGAUCCGCAUUGUGAUGUGUUGACUCUUCAAGGAUGCCUUUGAUCACUCAUUGAACGUACCAUUUGUCUACGCUCUAGUGACAGAUCAGAAAAUCGACGUGCUUCUCGAAUU